UUCUAACGAGUAGCAGAAAAACUUUAGAAGUCUGCUAAAAGUUGUCCAGAACAAUUUUUAUAAAGUUUCAAUAAAUUCGUCAAUAAAACCGAAACGGAAUGUAAAAAUUAAACAACAACGGGAUACACAAUGAGUCAAGAAAGUGAAAAACGGACGAUGGCCGAGGAGAACUCACCAUAUCGGUGUGUUAGAUUAGUUUUAGUAAUCUUGACAAUUUUGACACUUGCUGGAUUUGCAACAUGGAGUGUGAUUUCAUAUACCCAGAAACUUGUACAUUUACAAACGAGGUUAGAACGACUGGAAUUAAAUUACCAAGAAAGGGAAGUUAACUUAGAAAAAUAUAUAAACACACAGAUUGACAUAAAACUGAAAGAAAAAUUAGAGAGUCAAGAAGUAAAGAACAGAAUUAAGAGACAAGCUGAUUGUAACUGUCCACCAGGUCCCCCUGGUUUGAAGGGAGAUGAGGGACGUAGGGGUAAAAAAGGUGACCAUGGUGAUCAAGGAUCACAGGGAAUUAUGGGGCCACCUGGCAGGAAUGGUUUUCCGGGUCCUAUUGGACUUGAUGGGCAGAAAGGCGACCAGGGAGCCCCUGGUAUAAAAGGAGAUACUGGAAAAACAGGACGUAUAGGAGAGAAGGGAAGUAAAGGUGACCCAGGCCUGCCAGGAUUUGAUGGUGUGCCAGGACCAAAGGGUGAAAGGGGCCCAACAGGAAUACCAGGAACUUUACCUGGGAAUGAGAAUGACUGGAUACAAAAAGUGCAGGAAAUUAGGGGAGACCCAGGACCUCCUGGUCGUGCUGGUCCCCCAGGUCCUCCAGGUGGUGCAGGUCUGCCAGGCUAUGAUGGAGCAGCAGGACCUCCUGGUGAAACAGGUCCAAUUGGUCCACCAGGACAAACGGGAAAACCAGGGAAACCAGGAAUUCAAGGACCACCCGGAGAGCCAGGUGAAUGCAAAGAUGGUGAACCUGGACCCACUUAUCCUCGUACAAUUGACAGAGGACCCUCAAAUAAAAGUAAACGAGCGAAGCAAUGUACCUACAAAGUUGUGCGUUUCAAGAGACCAAGCCGAACACGCAAACGCAAGGUCCGUCAUCUCAAAAACCAUCACCACAAAAAUGCAAAACUUGAAAAGAAUGCAUUUGAAAAACUAUUCGGCCAUACUUACAAAAUUCAAGAUGUGAAUUUUGAUGAUGAUUUUAAAGAUCAGGGUGAGAUUGGAUUGCCUGGACCCGUUGGGGUAGGAAAGAAAGGGGAUAGAGGAAGAAGAGGAAAGAAGGGUGAAGCAGGAAAUGGAGGAAAUGGCAUGGGAGGUGGUGAUGGCGGCAGUGGAGACGGGAUUCCAGGCCCUCCAGGGCCUCCUGGUUUAAUGGGUCCAAUGGGCCUUCAAGGCCCUCCUGGCAUAAAGGGGGAUAGUGGUGCAAUAGGGCCAAAAGGAGAGCCUGGUUCUCUAGGCCACAGGGGGGAAUCUGGCCCUAUGGGCUUACCUGGAGCCAUGGGAGUACCAGGUCUGAAAGGUGAAGAGGGUAAGACUGGAGGACCAGGAGCAUCAGGACCACCAGGGCCUCCUGGACCUAAAGGGGAGAUAGGUGUUGGUGAGAAGGGAGACAAGGGAGACACAGGGGUGCCAGGACCAAGGGGGCCAGAAGGUGCCAGUGGCAGUUCAGGAUUACCGGGUCCCAGAGGGAAGAGGGGCAAGAAGGGGGUGAAAGGAACAAAAGGAACACAGGGAGCCCCUGGACUGGAUGCUCCAUGUCCCAUUGGUCCAAAUGGUUUGCCUAUCCCUGAAUGUGGGGUCGCCAGUUAUAUUCCAAAAUCUUGCCUCGACAACCAGGGCAAUAUAAUCCCAGGAUGCAUGGGACACAAUCAAAUACCAUAACAACAACAAAUUAGUGAUUUGCGACACUUUGUGCAUGUACACAAGUAAACUCCAGCAACAGUAACUAUAGCAACAAUUAGAUGUACAUAUUCUUGUAUCAGAGAAAGCUGUAAUAUAAGAGAGAACACAGAUGAAUAAAGAAUAUGAAGAUUAUAAUAGUGAAUGAGACUACACAGAUAAAUAAAAACAUACAAAUAACAUUUUGCCCAAAAAGAUAUACUUAUUGUGAAGAAAUAAUUUGAAAAAUAGUGUCGCUCAAAAGAGAGACUUGAGAGAGACAUGUGGUACUGGAGGCAAAGAAAUAUGAAAGUCUUGAAAUGGAGACAAUACAGAUGAAUAAAAAGUCUGAAAAUUAAAAGUAUCUAACCAAAAUUGAAGAGUUUGGUUAAUUAUGCAAAUGAGGAAAUGCAAUAUAGAAACGAUGUAAACUGCAUGUACACUUAUCACCAAAUAUGGGCAUAUCAGUUUUUUUAAAUUAACUGCCAAAAACUCGAGAUAUAUUCAACUUAACAUUUUGUUAGGUGACACUUGUUUGUGAUCUUGUGUUUUUAAUCUUUUAUGAUUUGAUGUUUGCAGAAAAAGUUAACAUCAAAUCAUGGUAGUAAUCGGAGAGAAAUAUGUCUGUUUUCGAAAUGUAAGCCAAUUUAAAACAUUAUUGUUAAGUUGUUUAUUGCAUUAUUGUGUUGUUGGCAGAAAAUAUAAGAGAUAAAUUAUAGUUGCAUUAGAAAAACAUGUUCACUAUCUUGAAAAACAGGGCCACUCUGACAUUAUAAUGUAAAUUAUUAGAGGCAAAGGGUUCUUGAACUUUAUGUAGAACAGAUCAUCUUUACCACAUAAUUGCACAUUUGCAUGUAGAUUUACAUCAACAAAUUGUAAAUAUUAUGAGAUUAUGUACAUAUUCUUUAUGUACAAUAUAUGUAGAUUAUUAGAUCAAUGUACAAAUGCUUUCAAAGGGUGGUCAGAAUUGUUUAUGUUUUAAGUAUUUUUAUCAUGAGGUCUCUGGUGCCCUUCACCCCUCUGUUUUUUCCCUAUUGGGAGGGGGAGGGUGGUGUAGGGGGUGACACAGAUUUGAUGCUGGACUAGCUUCUGUACAUACUGCAGCAAUAUACAUACAGUACAUAUUAUUUUAAAGUAAACAAUUUUUAGGAUAUUUAUAUCCAAUUUUUAAAGCUUUGUAUAUGUAUUUCUUGCAAAAUAUCAACCCACUUUUAGUACAUAUACAUAUUGUUUUCAGUCCUUUUAUUCAGGACAGAUAGCUUCAUAAUGUAUUGUUGUUGUUCAAAAAGUGAAAAAAAUAUGUUUACUAUUGAGAAUAGAUGCUGUUUACGUGGAGUUUUGCAGUGAACAACUAGACAGAUCCUGAUAUCAACUGACAUCCAGCAUAUUGUAUUACAAGGACUAAGCAAAUAUUCUUAACAAUACCUUAAAUCAACUGUCAUUAAUGUUUACCUAUAUGAGGGUUUAAGUCCAAGGACAAUUAAAUUUCUGCCUCUGUGGGGUAACCUUAGAAAUUGGUUUAAUUUGGGUGAAUCGUUUUUUAAGUCUAAUGUCUAGUUAUUAAGUUGAGUUCAAGGGAAACAAGACAAUAGCAUAUAUCACAGUUUAACUUAUGUUUAAAAGGAGAUGAACAUGAUACCUUUGUCUGGCACCUCCCCCCACCACACUAUAUAUCUCGUCUGUGUUAGAGAGAGGUGGUCUGAGUAACUUGAGGCAACAUUUACAAAAAUCAAGCAUUAUAAUAUGGAAUAAAUACAUUCAUAUUUUAGAUAUUUUUCCAUACAAUAUUCCACUGGAGUCCCUUGCUUU